AUGCCUGCCAACAGAUUGCGUGAAGCGACGGGCAGUGGCCGCGCCGGGCGCCGCUCUGUCAAUGUGUUUCGGGAAGAUCCCAUUGUGUUAGGACCCCGCUCCAGUCGGAACCGAAAGAAGAUUGUAGAAGUUGCUACGAGCGAUGAAGAAGAAAUCGAAGACCAAGAGGAAGAUGAGAUCGACGACGAGGAUGCACCUGGAGAUGACGACGAUGAGGAUGCUGAUGCGGACGGUGACGCUGACGGCGACCUCGAUAUGGAUGACACCCCACCACAGCCGCCUGUAAGACGCAGCAAGGCUGCUCCUGCACCUCGCGUAAAGCCACCUAAGAGUGUCGAGGCCAAGGAAAUGGAGAUGGAUGAAGAUGAAGAGGAUGAAGAAGACGAAGAGGAGGAGCAAAUAUCCGACUCCGACGAUGAUGCCGAGGGUGAAAUCGAAGAUCAGGACGAAAGCGGAGUCCCAGAUGUCACCGUCGAUGACAUGGAUGAACUCGAUGACGAUAUGCUCGACGAAGAGUUGGAGGGUGAACUCUUGGAUGGCGGCAAGAUGACCAAGCGUCAGCGAGGGAACCUUGGGAAUGACUUCUUGCAGCUCCCUAUGGAGCCUCAGGUCAAGAAGCACUUGACAGCGGAGGAGCGCCAAAUGCGCCGUGCAGAGAUGGCUCGGCGCAGGAAGAACCUGAGCGAGAAGCGCAAUGAAGAGGAAAAGAUGGACACAAUCAAUCGACUUCUCAAGAAGCAGGCACCGAAGCGACGUGGUCGUGCUGCGGCAAACGAUGCUGCCGAUGGCACCCCCGCUGGUCAAGAGACAUCCGAGCCCGAGAAGGCUGAUCCUAUUUUUGUCCGAUGGGUCAGUGGUCCCAGUGGUUGCAAAGUUAACGUGCCAGAAGAAUGGCUGGGUACACCUUCUGGACGUAUGUUUGGCGCCCCUCCAUCUGCCCCUGUGGGCAAAAUGGUUGAAGAACUUUGA